AUGUCGCUUUACUCCAAGUUUCUCAAAGAUCUGUUGACCAAGAAAGGCAAAUAUAUCCACAGUGACAUUGUUGUGGUGGAGGGAAAUUGUAGUGUUGUUAUCCAGAGAAUCCUUCCACCAAAGUAUAAGGAUCCAGGGAGUGUUACAAUCCCUUGCUCAAUUGGUGCUAUGUCAAUUGGAAAAGCCCUUAUUGACUUAGGAGCUAGCAUUAGUUUGAUGCCCUUAUCCAUGUGCAGAAGGAUUGGAGAGCUAGAAAUCUUAUCAAUAAGAAUGACAUUGCAGAUGGCAGAUCGCUCAAUCACAAGGUCAUAUGGUGUAGUGGAGGACGUGUUGGUCAAAGUGCAUCAAUUCACUUUCUCGCAGAUUUUGUGA